AUGGCCAAUCACCCUUCAAGGAAGAUGGCAGCCAAAGCGCGGAUUUUCGUCAUUAAGACCCUGUAUAACGAUCUCGCGCACCCGCCUGCCACAUACAUUGGACCAGAGUAUCAGUUCCGCGCUGCUGAUGGUUCGAACAACAACCCUUGCGUCCCCGGCAUCGGCAAGGCUGGUACACCUUACGCACGAUCCGUGCAACAGUCAAACCCCUUACCACGAAAUCAAAUGCCCGACGCCGGUCUGGUGUUUGACACUCUCCUCCGCAGAAAGAAGUUUGUCAAACAUCCUGCGGGCCUGUCCGCACUGAUGUUCGCCUUUGCAGCACUCGUCAUUCACAAUAUAUUCCGCACAGAUCACACUCCUGGCAGGGGUCACGUCAACAUGACUUCGGGUUACCUUGACCUCGCACCCUUGUAUGGAAACAACCAAGAAAUGCAAGACAAGGUUAGGAUCAAGCAAGGACGCGGGUUGCUUCACCCUGAUGUGUUCGCUGAGGACCGUCUCCUUCUCCUCCCUCCCGCAGUUUGCGUUCUGUUGGUGUUGUUCAACAGGAACCACAACUACAUUGCCCGCCGGUUGCUCGAGAUCAACGAACGAGCCACCUGGAAGGAUCCUGCCCAGCACAACCUCAGCCAACCUCAGCUCGCGAAGCAAGAUGACGAAAUCUUCCAGAUCGCACGCCUGUGCAACUGUGGAUGGUUCACAUCCGUUAUUUUAUCUGACUACCUAUCGUGCAUUUUGGGCCUCGUGCGAAAAGGUUCAAACUGGACUUUGGAGCCGUUCGAUGAAAUGCGAAACGCUGAUCACCAGAUCUUCGAGCGUGGCCGUGGCAAUGCUUCCAGCGCAGAAUUCAACUGCUUGUACAGAUGGCACGCGACGACCUCCGUUGAGGAUGAAGAGUGGAUUACUCGCCAGUUCCAGCAGCUUUUACCUACGAAGAAGCCUGAGGACAUCACCUUGGGGGAUUUCUACCAAGUGGUGGCGCAGCUCGAGAAGAACAAGACUGAUCUUCAGCACUGGACGUUUGGAAGCUUCCAGCGUCAGACGGAGGGUUCCAGCGCGGGUGCAUUCAAGGAUUCCGACCUUGCGAAUUGCCUUAUGAACGCGACCUCCCACCACGCUGCUGCCUUCGGUGCUCGCAGCACACCCUCAGUCAUGCGGCUCCAUGAGAUCAUGGGUAUCGAGGCCAACCGAUUAUGGGGUAUGUGCUCGCUCAAUGACUUCAGAAAGUUCAUCGGCUUGAAGACAUAUGCAAGUUUCUUGGAAUGGAACCCCGACCCUGAAGUUGCUGAAGCCGCCGAAAAGCUUUAUGGUCACAUCAACAACUUGGAGUUAUACGUCGGGCUCCAGGCUGAAGAAACCAAGCCUGUGAUGGAGGGCUCUGGACUCUGCCCAGGUUACACCAUUUCUCGUUCCAUUCUGUCAGAUGCCAUCGCCCUGACUCGCGGUGACCGGUUCUACACGCAGGACUUCACGCCUUACAACAUGACCGCCUGGGGCUUCGCUGAUUGCAUGCGUGACCCUGACGGAUAUGGGUUCGGUUCUACCCUUGGUCGUCUCUUUCUCCGCACGCUGCCCAACGAUUACACUGAAGACAGCAUUUACACAUGGUUUCCUCUCAUGCACCCAGAGCCUAUGGAGGGUUACUUGAAGAAGCUUGGCAAGGUCGGCGGAUACUCUGUUGCACGGCCAAAGCCUCGUGGGCCUUUCACCACUGUUAGCCAUGUGCUUCGCAGCACUGACAAAUUCGUACCCGAGUACGUUGACCGCGCAGCAGAAGUCAUCGAGGGCAAAGGCUUCUUUUCGGCAUCUGAAAAUGGUGUUAAAGAGCAGAAGCAGUUCAUCAGCGCACUCGCUCCCUCUCCAGAAGCCGUCUCUAAGAUCGGCACUUACUUCUACACCAAGACCCAGGAGCUAAUCGAGCAACAUUCGUUGACUUUGAUCGGCAAGAAGACUCGUGCAGUAAACAUUGUCCGCGACGUGCUGAAGUUUGUUCCAUUGCACUGGGCUGCUACAGAAGUUGCUGGCAUUCCUCUCAAGACAAAGAAACAUCCUCAUGGUGUCUUCACUGAGUCUGAGUUGUUUGACAAGCUUUCUGAGAUUUACCAAUUUGUUUUCCUCGAGGUUGAGGCAGCGAAGUACAUGCCCUUGAAGCAGAAGGUGAAGGACCACGUGCAAGAACUGACACAUCUGAUCAAGAGCGCUCUUGGUGGUGCUGGAAGUAGAGUGCCUUUUGCUGAAUUAUUUGGCACAUUGUCUGGCCGCUUCAGCGGCAGAGGCAAGAACCAUAACGAGAUUGUUAAACGCCUGUUCGAACUUGGUUAUUCCAAAGAACACGUAGUAAACUCUAUCCUUGCGUUGUUGGUCGGCGCCACUGUCGAGAUGUCUCUUGCUUUGACAAACGUCGUGAAUCAGCUCCUUGAUUCCGAGAAGGAUUCCAAUGUUACCAUGCAGGCAGCUAAUAGGAUGGAUACAAACGACCUUUCUAGUUUGACUACCUAUAUCAAUGAGGCCCUCAGAAUCGACCCACCUUUCGCUGGUGUCUACCGUGUCGCGAAGGAGGAUGAAACUAUAGUCUCUUUGACUUUCAAGCGAGGCGAACGCCUCUUCUUGGAUGUUGCCACGGCAAAUAUGGAUAAUGAUGUAUUUCCUAACCCAACAAUCGUGGACACUACUCGUACUCCUCGUGAGCGCUCUCUUUGUGGCAACAGCUGCUUCAAGGUUCUAGGGGAGGAUCUUGCUUCGAAAGUGAUUGCUGAGGUUGUCCGCGGCGUUCUUUCAUUCGACAAUGUUCGUCGCGGCCCUGGCCAAUCGGGGAAUCUUCCACGCUUCAAGGAUCAUGCACUCCCUGUGCUGCGCUAUGCAUACCUUGACGAGAAGAUGUUGCCCAGUGCGUGGCCGACAUCGAUGGUCAUCAAUUAUGAUGCACCCGCAUAA